AUGCAGAAUUUACGUGGAAAUCAACAGCUUUUUGGUGGUGCUUUGGUAUUAUUGUCAGGUGACUUUCGACAAAUAUUGCCCGUGAUUCCACGAUCAAUACCGGCAGAUGAGAUCAAUGCGUGCUUGAAGUCUUCCCCUCUGUGGCGAUAUGUGCAAAAAUUCACAUUACACAUAAACAUGCGUGUUCAGUUGCACAAUAUUCAUUCUGAAGAUCGGUUCUCGUGGCAAUUGUUAGAGAUCGGAAAUGGCAAAGUUCGAAUCGAUAAUACAAAUGACUUGAUUACAUUGCCGAAGAAUUUUUGUACAAUUCUCCAAUUAAAAGAAAAAUGUUUUGAACGCGUGUUUCCAAAUAUUGCUCAAAAUUACCUGGAUCACGAUUCGUUGAGAGAACGCGCAAUACUGGCACCAAAAAAUGUGCAUGUCAAUUCAAUCAAUUAUCAAAUUCUAGAAAAAUUGCCAGGUGAAGUGACAACGUAUAAAUCUGUUGAUAGCGCAAUGAAUCAAGAUGACGAAGUGAAUUAUCCAGUUGAAUUUUUGAAUUCACUGGAACCACCUGGUAUGCCACCACAUUGUUUGAAUUUAAAGGUCGGCUCAUCAAUUAUUUUACUACGGAAUUUAAAUGCUCUAAAACUGUGUAAUGCCACAAGACUGGCAGUAAAAAAAUUGAUGGCGAAUUUAGUUGAAGCAACAAUACUGACUGGCAAAGGGAAAGGUGAAAUUGUGCUCAUACCGCGUAUUCCACUGAUAACAACAGACAUGACGUUUGAAUUCAAGCGUUUGCAAUUCCCAGUGCGUCUAGCAUUUGCCAUGUCCGUCAACAAGGCGCAAGGACAAACUCUUCAA